AUGGCCGUUUGCGUCACAGACCACUCAACGUCCAACCUCAUUAUCAUGCAUGCUGGCUGUGCCGAGACCAACGCCCGCAAGGGCUACGGGAUCCAGGUGCUGGGUUGGUGGCAGCAGCUGUGCAUCAACAACUUCAGCGGCCGUAUCACUAAGGAAGAUGCCGGCAAGCUGACGGUUGCAGAAGUGCUGGAGAAGGAGGUUGACAUGGCCGAGGAGGCAGCUACCCAACGAUUUCUCAGUGCCCUGAGCACUGGUUCCACGCCACUUGCAGUUGCCAAGACGGUUCUGACCGACAAAGACACGCUGCACACUGCUGAGAAGUUCCUCAACGAGAACAUUGCCCAGAAUGGGCAGAGCCCUGCUUUCAGACAGUUUGAGCGGGCGUGGAAGCUGGCAAUGCCAUACUGCGAGUAUGAGUCUCUACAAUCCUUGCUUGGUUUGCUGCUCAGGUGCCUGCAGAUCACCGAGCAGAUGCGCGCCAAGAGAAUCUCUCAAGAUGCCGCUCGGUUCAUGGG